GAUACAGCCCCAGACUUUGGAAGUGGAAAACCCGAAUAUCUGGGUGGAAUUGGAGGAUGGGGAGAGGAGCGGCUUGCAGAGGAAGGACCGUCCAAAGGGCAUCAUCACCAUACAACAACAACAACAACAACAACAACAACAACAACAACAAAAACCCCACCGGGGCAUCUCAGAUGUCAAGCCCCGCAAACUGGCGGCAGCCGACAGAUAA